AAGCAGCAACAUUCAGUUAAAAAUGGCCGAAGACGCUACCAUGGAGACAUGUCCAAGUCCUGAAAUCGGCGAUUCACGCAAAAGGCCACUCGAUUCCGAUCCGGAAAAUGAACAAACUAAACGCUCACAUUUCAGUUCCGCAGCAUUCCCACAAUUCCAAUGAAUCUCUCAACCGAACUCAACUCAAAUGUGAUAUUCUCGAAAAGCUAAAAACUAUAUAGUAUGUUGUGAUAAAGCUACAAAAAGUUAUAACCUAAAGAAAGAAACCAAAUAGUAAUUAAAAAGUAUAAAAAAAACGACUGAAAAACUUACAAAAUAUAAUAAAUCAAAUGCAUCGCGACGCACCAACAGCAGCAACAGAAUCAGAAUCAUCUUAAAAGUCGACUUGAAGCUACUACUGUCCCAGCAGUCCAACUCGAUCCAACAGAACUCAACUUUACUUGCUGAAUGUUUGAUAAUUGGAAAGCGCGUAGAUUAAAUAUCGAAACAGAGCAACCGCAACAAAACCUAUCAAAUAUAUAGGAGCGAGCACACACAACUAAAACCUAAAUAAAAAAAAAAAAAAAAUCCUAAAUAAAUCAAUAUAACAAAGAAACAAAGUCGGUUAACUAAGGAGCCAAAUAACAAGUACAAUCGAUUCAAGGCAGAAUCAAUUCCGUCGCAAGCAAUCCGAAGACUGAACGGGCAGCAAUUCCAAACAGUAUGGAGAGUACGAGUAUUAUGAAGGCCGCCAUGGACCGGGCUGCUGAGCAGCUGAUGCAGCAGUUUGGCUUUAAUUAUUAUCCUCAAGACUCGUCUGUGCAGCAACCACAGCAACUGCAACAGCAACAGCAACAGAUGCAACUGCAACUGCAACAGCAUCAACAACAAGAACAAGAACAUUAUACAUACCAAUAUCAGCAAUCAACGCCUACAUCUAUGCAGCAAUUAGCUUGUAACUAUCAGCCACGACAUUCCACAACCACAACGUCGUCGCCCUCAUCAACAACACAUUCGCUGGCCAGCGGCAGUAGAAACAGCAGCAGCAGCAACAUCAGCAGCAGCAAUAGCAAUAGCAAUAGCAACAACAGCAAUCACAGCACACAUUGCAACGCUGCAUACUCAUUAGCCGUUCAUAGCUAUAAGCAGCAACAGUGCCUAGUUAAUCCCAGUCAUAUUCCGCAUCGCCAGAUGGAUCCGCAUCUGCAGCAGACGUCACUGAGUGAGAAUGGUGGUUCGCCAAAUGGUGGCACACCGUCGGGCUGUCAAACACCAUCACCACCCGCAACAUCGACAGCGACAUCAGCAAUAGCAACAGUGGCAGGUGUUGCAUCUGCCAGUGGUGCAGCAACAGCAACAGCAACUGCAACAGCAACAGCAACAGCAUCACAACAACCACAGCAACAGCAAUUGUCGUUGGGCAAUCAUGCUGGCAACUAUAAGACUGCCUCCUGUUGGUGUUACGGUGAGUCAGUUUGUUCUGGAAUUGAGGUUGAAAUUGAAAAUAAUAACAAUAAUCAUAUUCAUCAUGGCGAGACAACGUAUCACAUGAAGAUAUUGGUGCCGGCGGUGGCCUCCGGGGCCAUCAUUGGCAAAGGGGGCGAGACGAUCGCCUCCCUGCAGAAAGACACGGGUGCUAGGGUUAAGAUGUCAAAAUCCCAUGACUUCUAUCCGGGCACUACUGAACGGGUGUGCCUGAUAACUGGCUCCACGGAGGCCAUCAUGUUCGUUUUGGACUUUAUCAUGGACAAAAUCCGUGAGAAGCCCGACCUAACCACAAAGAUCAUCGAUGCGGAGUCGAAACAGACCCAGGAGCGUGACAAGCAGGUCAAGAUCCUGGUGCCCAAUUCGACGGCUGGCAUGAUCAUCGGCAAGGGCGGUGCCUUCAUUAAACAAAUUAAGGAGGAGAGCGGCUCCUACGUCCAGAUCUCGCAGAAGCCCAAGGAUGUAUCGCUGCAGGAGCGCUGCAUCACCAUCAUUGGCGAUAAGGAGAACAACAAGAAUGCCUGCAAAAUGAUCCUCUCGAAGAUCGUUGAGGAUCCGCAGUCAGGCACCUGCCUUAACGUAUCGUACGCGGAUGUUAGUGGCCCGGUGGCCAACUUCAAUCCGACCGGUUCUCCGUAUGCCACCAACCAGAAUGCCAUUAACUCGAGCACCGCCUCGCUUAACUCCACGCUGGGCACAACGAUCGGCGGCACCAGCUCCGCUGCCAGCCUGCUAGUCAACGGCACCGGCAUCAACUUGUCUAUCAACCUGGGCGCCCCCAAUCCGGCGCCCAAUCUAGCGGUUGCCACUCAACUCCUUGAGCAUAUUAAGGUUGCCAUGCGCGGCUCUGGUUAUUCGGAGACCGUCACCACUGAAGUGUGCGCCGCCUUGGGCGUACUGGCCAAGUACGGUGUACUGGCCAUGGGCGUGGGAGUACCGCACACCAAUGGCGCCCACUCGACACUGGGCAACUUCUCGGGGGUACUCGGGGUAACGACACUGGACCAGCAGACUGCGGCCGCCGCAUCCGCGGCCACCGCCAGCAACGUGUUCGGGGCCGUCGGCCAGGUGAAUCUGGAGCAGUAUGCCGCAGCAGCGGCCGCUGCAGCUGCCGCAACCAGACCGACGCAGACGCAACUGGACGCUGCUGCGGUCCAAUUCGAUCCAUUCCGCCACCUGGGCUCGGCCACGGCGCCGGCCACAACGCCCGUCUCGCUGAACAACAACAGCUUCGGGCUGACGGCCGCCACGGGAACGGCGACCACGGCACAGCUGGGCGGACUCAGCAAGAGCCCCACUCCGGGCGACCUCAGUUCCAAGGACUCCAAGAACGUCGAGGUGCCGGAAGUGAUUAUCGGCGCUAUUCUAGGUCCGAACGGUCGUAGUUUAGUUGAAAUUCAACAUGUUUCUGGCGCAAAUGUGCAAAUUUCCAAAAAGGGCAUAUUCGCACCUGGCACUAGAAAUCGCAUUGUAACCAUAACUGGUCAGCCGAGUGCCAUUGCCAAAGCGCAAUAUCUAAUUGAACAGAAAAUCAACGACGAGGAGACAAAGAGGGCGCGACAAAUUCCAUUAACCACUGUUGUGAAUUAAUAUCCAAGUAUAAAAAAAAAGAAAAAACCAACCAGCAAAUCUAACAGAACAACAAGCAGGCAAAAAAGCAAAACAACAACAACCAAACAAUCUCCCCCUCCCCCCCAACAUAUGCAAGUUUUUUGUCUAAAAACAUUUGUUAAUUUCUUAAAAACAAAAAUCAAUAUAAAGAAACAUAAAUUUUAAAGCAAAUGAAAAGAUUUACAACUAAAACACGUCAACCUAAAAAUUGAAAUGACAUGAAGGGAUAACACCAAUUGUUAUACGUGCAGCUAAAAGUUAAGCGAUUAAUAAAUAAUAAUUAUGUAUUGCAAAGCUCCCAUUACACUUUAUGAGUAAACUGUUCAAGGCCUUCAAACUCAAGAAAAUUUUGCUUUAACUAACGCCCUUUUCAAAGAAAACAAAACAAGCAAAAAAAAAAAAAUAUUAAAUAAAUUAAUAAUAAAUGAAUAAGAAAAAAAAUGAAAUGAAAAAAUAGUUAAAAUUGUAUAAUACUAUGUACUACCUACUACCUUCUAUUAUAUAAAUUGUUGCAUUUGUUUGUCACACUCGAAACAGCCUAAAAAUUGAUAAUUGAAAAAUUGCAAAAUCGAGAAUUGAAAGCAAAAUUGAAAAGAAAGUUAUAUUGCCAGUUAGAUGAUUAGACUUCCUUAGUAAAGGAAUACUACUGUUUGGGUUUUUGUUUGUGAUGCGUAUGUUUGCGUUGCGUGUUUUGUUUUUGGUCAUCCCGACAAAGCUAUACGAUACAUGGGGCAUAUAUAUUGUGCAUAUAUAUACUGUAUAUGUACACAGUUGUUGAGUCUUGUUUAUAUAUAUAUAUUAUCCACACACAUGCCUAUACAUAUACAUAUAUAUAUAAAUACAUAUGCCACCAUAAACACCCACACACACCCACACACCUAACACAUAAAUACUAUUAUGUUGAGCUAAAUUGAAAAAAAUAUCUGAAAAUCUGUGUAAUGAUCGAGCGUUUUCAGUGAAAACUUGAGAUGAGAUUCUAACUCUCGAAAUAAGGUAAAUAUUUUACAAAUACCAACCAACACACACACACACAGCAACAUGCAACUAGCAACAAGCAACAAGAAGAGAAAAAAGAAAUGCAUCCUCUUGCUACAUAAUGAUUGUUGCAACUUGUUGCAAUGACAGGCUAGUGAACAUGAAAAAGAUACUACAGCAAAAUAUAGUGACUUUGUUGACAUUUGAUGUACUUUCGUUACCGUUUUCUGUUUUUUUAUAUGUUGUUGGCCCCCUUUCAUAAUUGCUUAUCGCUGUUAAUAUAUAUUCACCUACGAUUCUUCAGCCUGACCUCUAAACUCUGACCUCUGUGUAUAUGAACACUUUCCCAAAAAAAACGUUACAGUUGAUGUUGAUCAUGAUAAUGUUGUUUAGUUUUAAAGACGAUCCAUUCGGAUCCAUUCGAGUGGUGUUAAUGUGUUGCGCGCGCACGUGAGUCUCCUUUUGGUUUUGAUUUUGUGCUCCCGAUUUGUUACUCCUUAUAUCUUUUGUUUUAUUUAUAUUUAUAAAGAAUAAAAACACUGCGAUUUGUUAGUUGCCAGUUAGAGAACUGCACCUAUUAUUUUUUUGUCAUUAUGCGUUUGUUAACUACAUUUCCUUUGGUAAAUUUAGCACAUUUGUUUCUUACAUUUUAAUUUUAAGUCUUACAUUUUCUGUCACUUAAUGCAUCACAAUAUCUUUAUAGUGAAAAUACAACCACAAAAAAAAAAAAUUAAUUAAUUCUUUGUAAAAUAUUCAUAUUAAAGCAUUCAUUUAGGGGUUUCUUCAUAUGUCAGAAAAAAAAAUAAGAUCCACCAAAACAAUUCUCUUGUUAAUUUUAAGUAUUGUGCAAUUAUUAAACAUUUUCAACAAACAUUUCACAAAAAUUCUAUGUACAUAUCUAUCUAGAAACGCAAUGUAAAGACAAAAGAUGUUAACAUCACAUUUAAAAAAUUUCCCUUAUUCAUAUACACACCUAUAUACACACACCCACACACCCACAAAGACAAGUAUACCCAUACGAUCACAAUCGCCUACAGAGAGAGAAAUGCCUUACUUGUAAUGAAAAUUUUCUUAUUUACUUUAUUCCUUACACAUAAUUAAGUUUAACAUUUCUUUUUUGAUUACAAUAAAACAAAGAUGAAACAAAAUUUCAAUAAAAAUUGAUUACAAAACAAUGAAAACCUGCAACGUUUAUUUCGUGUUUAAUUUAAAGCGCCCUGCGCCACCAACACCAACCCCAAAACCACCACAGCCACCAUCCACUCAUAGCUCACAAGCGCCCACAACCAGUACCACUAACACUCAACAAAAAACUUAUCCCAACAACCAGUCUACAACAUUAUCAUGAACAAUCAGUAUCAAUAUCAAUAUCAACUCAACAAUCAGUCAGUCAGCCUAUCAGUCAAUCAGUCAACCAACCACUUCUUUGCUCAGAUCGAUUUCAAUCAGAUACAAACUUCAGUUCAAUCACUGAGAACGCUCAUCAACGUACCAAUUGAAUGAUUAUAUAAUAUAAAUAAACAAAGAAAAAAAGAAACAAACAAACAAAAAACAGCAAACAACAGCAACCAAUCCUAAGCUAAGCCUCUAUAUUUAAGUUACAAGUUGUUCUUAUUAAUUUUUUGCUAUUAUUGUUAAAACUUACCUACAUUUGUUCUUAUUUGUGCAAUAUUUAUAUAAUACGAUUAAAAUAUUAAAUCAAGUGAAAAACAAGAUGAAAAACAUUAUAAUACGAUGCAAAUCAAUAAGCAAACUGAAGAUAACAAAAACCUGGAGAACAAAAAGAAAGUAAAUUUGAAAGUACAGUCGUAAAUGCUAGUGUGCCUUGAAAUAUGCAUUAACAUCCAAAAGAAAACAAAUCGAAAACGUAAGGGGAAGGAAUGAAUGAAUGAUGAUUCAGAUGUUGGUAUUUUAUUUAGAUUUGUUGUUUUACGAUCAUCAUAUUGAAUAAUUGAGGAUUCUUGAAUCCUUGAAAUUGAUCAGUGUCAGAACAGAACAGAACAGGCAUAACGUAGAAUAUUCUAAAAAAGAAAACAAAUGUUAUAACCAAAAGCAAUAGACCGUCUCUUAAACUAGGAACUAUCCAGGCAAAUUAAAUGCAGAAUUCCAGAAUAACGAAUCUACGUUUAGAUUAACAAACAACAACAAACCAAAAUCAUAACAAGCAUAAAUACACAGAUCCCCCUUUCGUCCACCCCACAAAGCAGUCAACCAAUCAGUCAGUCAAUCAAAUCAGUCAAUCAAUCAAUCAGUCAACCAAUCAACCUACCUAUCCAACAACAAAUGACAUUUAUUUCGUCUUCUUCGCCUUGCGUCUAUCUAUGGGAGAAAUCUGUCAGGCCAUUAAGAAUCCAAGCACAAACUCUAUUUUACCAGACAGACACAGUCAAUGCAUUGAUUCAAAAAUACCUGUCACAUAGAUACACCCACUGACACACACACUAUGCCACACAUACCAUGCCACACACACACACCAUCCAUACACAUUCACAUAUUCGUACUAAAUAUCAGUAUCAUAUGCGCGUGCUCACUGAGUUAUGUUUAAUAUAUGAGUUUUAUAUAAAAUAACUAAACAUAGUAGAGAAAGGAAGGAGGAAAUAAACACAAAUAUAUAUAUACUUAUAUUUGUACUGGAUCUGUGAUAUGUAUUUAAAAAACAACAAAACAAAGAAAAAAUAUAUUUAUUAACAAAAAAAAAAAAACGAGAAGUCAAACGAUACUUGAAAUUAAUUAUGAAAUAAUUAAUUUUUUAAUGAGACAACUAAGAGAAAAGAAAAGCUUUACUUGAAAAGCAAAAAAUCUCCCCGGAAUCAAGUUCUCUCGACAAUUCAUCGAUGCAUGGGCAGUCCAGGAUAAUCCAGGGACCACAUGUCCAACUCCCCACUCCAUAUGCAUACGUAUUCGGUCAAAAAAAACAAAAACAAAAAAACAAGUCUUUUUUGCCAAUUCUCACUCUGUUUCUCCAAUAAUAUUGUCCGAUUUGUGAUCCAACCGAACCGACGAAUAUCACUUCCGAGGGUGUGACGAAAGUAGGGAACUAUUUGGAAGAUAUGGGGCGCAAUGUCACAUCCUAUCCAUCCGGUUCGGAUGUCCUGCGACCCGCUUUCGACGUGUUUAUGCUUGUUUGGAUUUUAUUGUUUGAAUGCGUUCGUUAUUUGCUGUACAAAUUGAAGCUUCUCGCCCAGUCUGGCUAAAUCCAAGUUGCACCAAUCGGCUGCAUGAUUGCUUUGUGCUUACCAUCAACCAAACCGUAAUGCCAAGCACUCGACCCACUUAUCAGACACAUUUGUCAUGCCAACUACUCAUGCCCCCCCUCCAAACCACACCCACUUACCUACCACUGCAAUCAUUUCGAACUAGGAAACUUUGGAAAGACGUGCGCAUUGAGUUUUCGCCAUCAGAAAUUUUAUUAAAUCAUUAUUGAAAGGCAUCUAUAACAAUAACAAUAGAAUGAUUAUGGAAGGAAAGAUAAAGAUGGUAGAUGAGAGUAAUACAGCUGUUAUUUCAACGACGGAUUCUAUUAGUGUUAAAGUAGUAAGCAUAAAAGCAACUUUUAUUAAAAUAUAUACAUACAGUACAUAAAAUAUAUCUAAAGUAAUUCAAAUUCGACUUUGAGCAUUAAUGGAAAAGAAACCAACAAAUGAAAAGAAAACAAACACAAUAAAAUGUAGCAAGAGUUUGCUCUUAAAAAUCCGUAAUUUGAUAAAAUACAAAUAUGUAAGAAAGAGUUCAAUUUAUCAAUCAAAUCUCGUAUAGGGCAUACAUACAUACACAUAUUACAUAAAUAGAGAGAUCCUUAAAGCAAGGCUUUAAGUGUGCGUACUUUAAGUAUUGAAGCAUACUUAGAGGUCGAAAUUAGAGGAGGAUAAACUUUAACUAUAAUUUUGUUAUGCGUUGCCACCCACACUGUUAUUAGAACAAUUAAACAUUACGGAUGCGUAUGCAUUAUAUAUAAAUGUACACACCCCCAUAACCAUAUACUUGUAUGUACGCAUAUAUUAAAUCGAAAGCACACCCUGAAAUCGAAAUCAGAUCAGAAAUAAUGUUUGAAAGCAAUUGCAUUGCUUGUGUUGCGUCAAGAGUUUGACGCGACAGCAGGAUCGGAGGACUAACUGAAUCAUUAUAUAACCUCAUUAUAGCAUUGUAUGUAUAAAUCUACAGAAUUGGCAGCGAGUCGACCCGGAAACGGCUACGGAGAAGUUCAUUCAGCAACCUUCACAGCAGAAGCAUACAACAUUAGUAAAAUAUUAAAUACUAUAUAUACAUACAUAUAUAUAUUCGCAUACACUAAAAGUAUAAACAAGUAGUCGUUAGUGUGAUAAAUAAAAUUAAUAUUAAUUAAUUCAAACAAAUAAAACGGUUUAACGAUUGAAACAAAGAACUCGGAACUCGAGAGGGUCGUGCAGGGCCACACUUUCCCGAUCGAAAGGAUCUUAAAAGUGCAGCUCGGCACGAUCCCCCAAACUAUUUAUUUAUUUAUUAACUUUGUUUCCAUUUCGGCACAGUUCAUUUGGCACAUGGUCUACAUCCAACAAGUUGUAUAGUAGCCUAAAAAUUAAAUACAAAAAUGAUCGGGAAACGAGAAACGAAGGAAGAAAUAAUUCAGUGUACAAAUAGGUCAUGAAAAUUAAAUCAUAAAAAACUAAAGAGGCGAUGCCCCAGUGUUGUGGGGUGUUUGUCGAAUAUUCUUCACAUAGAAACUUUCUCAAUUGUCAACCAACCAACCUAUGAUGUUGCAUACGUGAGUACCUUAGAAGAAACAAAAAAAAAAAAACAAAACUAAAAUAGAUAUUAUUGCCUGGCCAAUAUCAGACGCAGGUCCUCAGAAGUUCAACAUUUCGCUCAACAUGUAGGGAUUAUAAUUGCGUUAAUAUUUUACACAUACGAUUAGAUCUAAUCAUAGCAGACGCUCUAAAUAACUAAUUUAAUCAAUAUUAUUACUUUGCGGAUUUCUAAACGUUUCUUAGGAGAAUUCAAUAAAACAAGAAAAACCAGAAUGUACGGGCAACACUAGCACACUCUUCACUCAAUGUCAAAUUCCGUUGCGCACUAUAGAAGUAACGAACAGCAAGCAACCCUUUUCGAUCUCUCAAAUAGUUAUUUAGUGAAAUAAAUUAAAAAACGAAACCAAUUUGUGAAUUCGACAUUGAUCGAUGGCCAUUCGAAUGCGCGGAACAUUUAGCAAAAAAAAAACAAAACAAAAAAACCAAACAUCAUGGAAACUCAUUCAAAAGUAAAAGUACUAAAUCUUUUAUGAUUUGACUGUGAUAAUAAUAAUGACAAAAUGAGAAAUAAAGUCGGAAAAUGUAAACAGAUAAAACGUAUAUAGAGUAUUUAAUUGUAUGUAAAUACAGCGCCGCCUAAAUAGGCCAAGCAAAUGUAAUAUUAACCUAGGUGCGAACACAUGAGGGCUCCAACCGAAAACUGAAUACCGAACAAGCGAAAAGCGAACAAAUCCAAAAUCCAGGCGAAUCGAAAUCGAUUUGCGGCCAUUCUGGACUGAGAUCCAGGCAAAUGGGCAAUGUAGGAAAAUAUGUGUUUAAGUAGCGAUAACGAGAACGAAAUACAUGGCGAUGAGAAACAAGUUUUACUUAUACUUAUAGCAAAAUAUUUAAAUAAAAUUUUAGCAAAACAAAUCCCUUUCUGAGUGCAAAUGAAUCCCAGUAAAUGAGAAUCGCGAAAUCCUAUUUGAAUGAAAUGAUGAUGAUGAUGAUGAUAUGAACUAAAAGCAAAAUGAAAUCAACGAUAUUUAGUUAUGAUCGAUUUACAAAAUAUAAUCAAUUGACGUUUUUUAAAGAAUCAACUAGCAAUGCAAAAGAUUUUAUAAAAUUAUUCAUUUAGCAUUUUGAAAUCGCAAUAAAUUAUCAUCCACACAUAACCAUGGAAUAAAGUAGAUUUUUUUUUUUUUAUUUCCUAAUAUCAUUUUACAAAACAUAGAUUUGAAAACAAAACAAAAAAGUAAAGAAAACCAAAGGAUAGUAAAUACCGAAAAUAGUCUAGAGAAAUAUUAAAACAAUUAAAUCAAAAAGUAUCCCUACAAGAAGAUUCUUUAAAAGUAGCUCAUUCAAGUUUUAACAAAUCGAAAAAAAAAACAUAAUUUUUGCAAUUAAAGAAAACGAUAAGAAAAACUUGUACAAUUGCGAACAGAAAGUAUGCAAACAGUUACUCCUCUCAACAUACAUAUAUAUAUAAAUAUAUAUAUAUACAUAGCUAUAUAACCCAAAAUGAAUCAUACUCGAACAAAAAUGAUGCAGAUUGCGACUAGAACUUUAUGGUAAAUGGCUUCGGCCAAAAGUAAAAUGAAAGCUAAGCUAGGUAGGCAAUCGAUCGGUACCGAUGUUAGACAGUACAGUACAGAACAUGCAUGUAUAUCGAAUGUAAUGGUAAUGUUAUGUAAUGCGUCUGGCGCAUCUGUAUGUAAUAGUAAUUAUAGUAAAAUUUGUUGACUACAUAUAUUCACAUGCAGACACCCAGACACCCAGGACACCAAUUCACAUACUCACUCCAAACAGGAACGCCAACAAAGCAUACUAAAUACAUACACAGAUACAUUAUAAAGACCCGCAUUCGCAUCCAGGAUGGAGAAUUAGAAAUGCAAAGUUAGGACGGUACAUAAAUGAAUUACGUGAAUUACACAUUACACAUUUAAGAACGAUUAUAUAAAAAUGACGAAACUAAUAAAAAUUAUAUUAUAAUUCAA